UACUUUCUUCCAAAACCCGAUGCUGGAGGAGGCCGAGCAACUUGGUCCUUGCUCAAAACCCCGGGCUCCUCCUCGUCCGAGCUCCCCUCGAGCACGGUCACAGGUAUAAAGCUAUCGAAACUUUCACUGCAUUGCUAUUCAUCUCAAACGCUAACAUUGUUCUUGCUCUUCGUGAUCGAUCGACCAGGCAAGACCAUAUCCAACUUAUCCGGAGGCCGAGGCAACAUCGACGAUCUCUUGGUGCAAGCCACCUCUCACAGUGGACACACGCGACUUGGCAGAGCCUCCUACAUCCAGAGGAUCAAAACUCGCGGAGGAACCGCUCCAAGCGAUGAGAUUUGCAAAGUCGGCGGCAUGACGCAAGCAGUUCCAUACAAAUCCGACUACGUAUUCUGGACCCAGCAAGCCUCCGACGUCAUCGAGGGACACCACGGCUACAUCGACGCGAAGUAUUCCACUCGGCCACUGUUCGUGCUCUUUGGCGAGGGAUUCCAGCACUACAAGUUUGAUGGCUCGGCCUGGCAGCUCUUCAAUGCCUCCGCGCUGCUUUCUUCGAUUCCCGGCCAGGAGGUGAUUGGCGACCACUACUUUCUCGAGACCAAGGACGCUCGCGGCGGACAACCGACGUGGUCGAGCUUUGCCUCGCCGAGCACCGUGACGGCAAAGCCUGUGAAUACUUUGAGGCCCGCCACGAGCGAUAGUAUUUCUUGGGCGGAUCUCCACGCAACCGGGAACACCGGAGACAAAUACUUUUUCGGAGGGGUGACGUAUGUUCAAAGACGCUCCACGAGGGGUGGUUUGCCACCGCAAGUAUCGAGAGCUCCAAAAGUUGGCGAUGUGUUCCUGUCGCCUUACUCAGCGGUCUACUGGUUCUACGUGUCGAGCUAGUCAAAAACUCUUUUUUCUUGCUUUUGAAAGCACUGAAAGAAACUGUCCAUUGCAAGAGACAA